AUAUGUAUAUUUAUGUAAAGCAUUUCGAAGAAAUAAUCGAAAGUUAUCAAAUUAAUUUCUAACUUGGAUUUCAUAUAAAGUGUGUCCUAUGAGUCUAGCAUACUCAGUCGCCGGCCAAAUCCAGCCACCAGAGUGCGGCAGAUACUACAGUUCGUUGCUACGGCCAUGAAAGCGGUGGACCAUCAGCGUCAUCGCUUCCUGAACCUCACGUUCUUGCUGACAUCAGAGGGGGAGACUUGCAGCUCUGUUGUGGGAAGAUAAGACAAGCGAAGCGGGGAACGACACAAACUUUAUUUUUCGAGACAGCUGGGGUUUUUUGCAGCAUUUCAUGGCCAUUGGUCGAUCACCAUUGGAUUAUUUUUCUACCUAGAAGCGAAGACGUUAAUUGCAAGGUUUCAGCAGGGGGAAUAUAAGGUUUUUAUUUUGCAAGUUUAUUCGUUCGCCAAAUGAACCUUAGCUGAUCGCAGUUUCCGGAUGAAACUGUGGGUUUGGGUUCUUUCUCCGUGACCAUGGUGGUUUGAAAGCUGCAGUGAUUUUUUCGGUAACUUCACUAAUCAAGUGUUUUCAGAAGAAUAAAGACACCCACUAUCAAGGGUGAGACUCCCUGACCAGCAGAGUUGAGCUCAGAGCCAGACCAGACCAGAGGAGUUGAGCUCAGAGGCAGACCAGACCAGAGGAGUUGAGCUCAGAGCCAGACCAGCCCAGAGGAGUUGAGCUCUGUGCUCUGAGUUCAUCAAGACAACUUCCUGAUGAUGACAGUAAACAUGGAUAACGGUUUCCAAAAUGGACCUGGACAGCCUAGGAACUCACAAGAUGACGAAGAGGCUCUGAGCUCCAUCAUGAAGGACCUGGCUGCCCUUGGUCGUUGUUACUCACAGCAACACAAAAGCCACAAGCCGCAGGCCCAGCUGUUUAAACAGGAUCUAAGAGUCAAGCUGGAGCACGAUAGAGAGAAACGCAUCAUCCCGUUCCAGCGACCCCUGAGAAUCAAAGAGCUCCUCCAGAAGGUGACUGAGGCCUUUGGACAACAGAUGGAUGUGUUUUUUCCAGACAGAGAGCAGCUGGUCCCUCUGAAGACCCAGGAUGAUCUGGACCGAGCUGUCCUCAGCGUGAGCUCAGCCAGCCUACUCAGACUGCUGCUGAAAACACACAAAAACAGCCAGUUUCUACAGGUGGGCAGCAGGGACAAACAGAGUGAGAUGAGGUCAUCCCGUUCUCUAGGUGACCUGAAGGGUUCCCUACUCAAGGGCUCAGAUAGGGUCCGCAAACACUCAACAGGUUCCCUCCAUAGCGGCCGUAGGUCCCCCCCUCCAGGAUCGGUGCCUGAGGAGCAGCAACUGAUCGCCAGGCAGGGCUCCUACACCUCCAUCCACUCUGAGGGAGAGUUCAUCCCUGAGGGACUGGACCAGAGUCUGCUGGAGCCAUUUGGUAGUGCAGACACCUCUCUGUCCAGCAGCUGUCAGUCAAUAGACCAGGCAUUAGACAGCCCUCCUUUCUCCCAAAACAACCGAGACAACAACUACCUGAACCUCAACUAUGAAGGAUAUAAAGGUCGCCAUAGUAAAGGAGGGACUUUCCCUCGUCAGUUUCACUUGUCCAAUCGUAGCAAAGAUUACAGCGACGGUCGGAGGACGUUCCCUCGGAGCUUCAUGCCCCAGGAGAACGUAUUCCAGCUGGUUCCAUCCAGUCGUACACGAAGCUACAAUGGCGCCCCGAACUCUCCACGGGCACCGGUCAACUGGCGCCAAGGGAAGUUGUUGGGGCGCGGGGCAUUUGGGGAGGUAUAUCUCUGCUACGACGCAGAUACUGGACGGGAGUUGGCAGCCAAACAGGUGCCCUUUGACCCUGACUGUCAGGAGACCAGCAAGGAGGUGAACGCUCUGGAGUGUGAGAUCCAGUUGUUAAAGAAUCUGCAUCAUGAGCGUAUUGUCCAGUACUAUGGAUCCACUAGAGACCUAGAACAAAGGAAACUCACCAUCUUUGUGGAGUUCAUGCCUGGGGGCUCAAUUAAGGACCAGCUGAAGUCCUACGGAGCACUGACAGAGAAGGUGACCCGACGCUACACCAGACAGAUCCUCCAGGGGGUGUUCUACCUACACAGCAACAUGAUCGUACACAGGGACAUCAAAGGGGCCAACAUUCUGAGGGACAGUUCAGGCAACGUGAAGCUGGGAGACUUUGGGGCCAGUAAACGGAUCCAGACCAUCUGCAUGUCAGGGACUGGGAUCAAAUCCGUGACCGGUACCCCCUACUGGAUGAGCCCGGAGGUCAUUAACGGAGAGGGAUACGGACGCAAAGCGGAUGUCUGGUCUGUGGCAUGCACAGUGGUGGAGAUGCUUACCCAGAAGCCUCCCUGGGCGGAAUACGAGGCAAUGGCGGCCAUCUUUAAGAUCGCCACGCAACCCACGAAGCCCCUCCUCCCUGAGAGCGUGUCAGACGCAGCCCGGGACUUCAUUCGCCAGGUGUUCGUAGCAGAGGAGUUGCGUCCUACAGCUGAGAGUCUCCUCUCUCACCCCUUUGUUCAGGGGGGUUUCUGACCCAUGACCCUUAACCCUGAGGGCCUUUGACCCCCCCCCCCCCCAGCUCAACCCCUGGUCCCAGCCCGUCCUGCCCCUGCUACCUUUGACCCUGACCAGUCUCUGCCUUGAGAGGGGAUGAUGAGCCCCUAUCUCUUUAUACACCAGCCGUGACCCCAGCCGGGACAAUGACCUGGCCAAUACCAGGCUAUCCUGGAGGAAAGUUGACCAGAACCAUGGCCAAUACCAGGCUAUCCUGGAGGAAAGUUGACCAGAACCUGGGAAAUGCCAGACAGUCCCUGAGGAAAGUUGACCAGAACCUGGGAAAUACCAGACAGUCCCUGAGGAAAGUUGACCAGAACCAUGGCCAAUACCACGCUAUCCUGAAGCAGACCCAGACUUCACUGUCUCCAGGCAGCAGCCUCAUGCUAGCUUGGCUGGGGGGGACAUGAACUACUGGAGGUUUGAUGCUUAUUUUCCCUUCAGAGGACAUGAGACAUGGGGCUAGCAGGGAGGACUGAACUUGCAGUGGUCUGGGUCUUAAUCAUCCACGACUACUCACACAUUGGCUUUUAUAUUCUAUCCGUUAUAUUUAGAGCAAUGAUGAGGACCUCAUAUCGGUCAGAAUUCUAGCUCACCAGGAGACCAGGUGGGACAUUCUGGUCGUCACUGGUUAAGUGAUUGUCAACUAUUUUCUGAAGACAGCAACUUUAGAUCAACACAUUCAGAAUAACCUCAACAGUGGCAGUCUGUAUUUUGACCAGAGAAAUGUCAAUUAAGUUUUGGCUGAGUUGCCAAAUGCCUUACAAUGACUGUAAAAUAGCAUUUUGUGCAUUUAUAUACUGCCCAUUUUGCUACAAUAACAUUCCUCCAUUCAACAAGACUGUUGCACUUUUUGUACCAGGGUUUCAGCCCCAUGCAGGAUAAUCUAAUGAAAACAAUUAUAUUUUUUACAUUUGACAUUUCUAUAAUUUCAUAAUGGGAGAAAUGUGGUUUACUGUAUGGUUUGGAGAAUUAUACCUUUGUAUGGUUGUGAAAGGUUACUCAGUGUGUAGAAGCAAGCAAUACUCUCAUAGUGAUCGGUUCGCUCCAAAUCAAAUCCACAAUGCUGUGGUUCUUACGGUGUCCAAUCAACACAGACCUGCCCAGAGAGGGUGUGGCAGAAAUUAACAGAAAAUAUGUCAGAAGAUAUUUCUCCCUCUUACCAGGGGCUUUAUCUGCCAUUGGUGCUCUGUUGCAUGUUUACCAGCAUUCUGUCUACUGCCAUGCCAACUUCAACAGACUUAAUACAGCCUCACACCAAAUCCAGUGUAAAGAAAGACAUUUCAAAGUAUAGUUCUGAAUUUCUCUCACGGCAGUGUUCAAUAACUAGUCUGACUGAUGAGUCACUUCACACAGGUUCAGCUGUAUCACACCUGAGAUCAACUCGUAGCCUUCAGUUGACCAGCUGUCUUAACAUCGUCCAUUAGAGUCUAGCCUGUCUGUCUGACAGUCCACUCGCCUGUCUGUCUGACAGUCCACUCGCCUGUCUGUCUGACAGUCUACUAGCCUGUCUGUCUGUCUGUCAUUCUACUAGCCUGUCUUUCUGAUGUCCAUUUAGGUAUUAUCUAGUGAGAAAGAGGUGACAUGGCUUUAAUAAAGGUGUAAUUUAAACAGAAGCCGAACAAAUGACCAGUGAUAGAAGAAGACAGGACUCAGCCAGAGCCACAUGGCACCCUAUUCCCUAAAUAGUGCACUAGUUUAAACUAGGGUCCACUGUCAUAAGUAGUGCACUUGUUUAAACUAGGGUCUACUAUCAUAAGUAGUGCACUAGUUUAAACUAGGGUCCACUGUCAUAAGUAGUGCACUAGUUUAAACUAGAGUCCACUGUCAUAAGUAGUGCACUAGUUUAAACUAGGGUCCACUGUCAUAAAUAGUGCACUAGUUUAAACUAGGGUGCACAGGGUUAGGUUUAUGUAUGCAGUAGCGCACUAUGUGACCCAGUCAGCCCAAGUCACAAACAUAAGCUAUAAGGCGCCACUUUAUCAUGAACCGGGUCUCCUUGUAGCCGUGUCACCAUGUCACAAGCACACAGUUGGAUCACCAGUAUUAACCAGCUCAGUGCCUUAAUUCACACUCUGCUGUUAGUUCACUUCAGCUGGUAGUGGAACACAUCUGAACGGGGUCAAAUACAUAGUGCUCUCUAAUGUAUGUUAAUGUACAUUUCAGACGCUGUGCACUAGAGAGAAUGCUCAGUAUAGGAUUUGCUGAAGUGCUCCUGUUAAAGAAAUGAUUGUACUGUAAAUACAUAUUGCACUUUUAUAUGAAAUUACAUUUCAUUAUACUGUAUACCAAUUCUGUUAGAUAACCAUGCUUUAUAGAUUGUACUUAUACAGGCUGGAUCUUCAGAAGGAUCAGUGUCUGCUAAAAUGACUGACUGGGCUUUUGAUUGUGGCCUCUAAAGAAUGCCUUGAUGUGACAAUGCCUGGAAACAUGUAUCGUGUUAUAGAUCUUUUGUACAUUUUACAUUUAAGUUAAUAAAUCAAA